CUGCUCAUGUCACCACAUAAAACUAUCAGAUGCUUGGAGGAAGGACAUGGAGGCAACUACUUAGCUCACCGCGGCUGCAGAGAAGCGGGCGAGCCGCUGCCGCAACCCAGCUGCCGCCAGUGUAAAAGGAGCUGAUUCAGCCCGCGGAGGAGCGGGGAGGGUUACGCAAAAGGAUUCCCCGAAGCGAGCCGGGACUACAGCGGAGCGGAGCGGCCGGGCAGGGGGCGAGAGAGGCGCCGCGGCAUCGCGCUGGGGAGCAGCCCCGACUCCCGGCCGCGUCCCGAAUGCGGACUGUCAACUUCCAGCAACUUUAAGAUCUCCGCGGGUCCCCACGAGAAGAUGCCUCGCCCGGGCAGAAACACUUACAGCGACCAGAAGCCCCCCUACUCCUACAUCUCCCUGACCGCCAUGGCGAUCCAGAGCUCUCCCGAGAAGAUGCUGCCCCUGAGCGAAAUCUACAAGUUCAUCAUGGACCGUUUCCCCUACUACCGGGAGAACACGCAGCGCUGGCAGAACUCUCUGCGGCACAACCUCUCCUUCAACGACUGCUUCAUCAAGAUCCCGCGCCGGCCCGACCAGCCGGGCAAGGGCAGCUUCUGGGCGCUGCAUCCCAGCUGCGGGGACAUGUUUGAGAACGGCAGCUUCCUGCGGCGCCGCAAGCGCUUCAAGGUGCUCAAGUCGGAGCACCUGGCGCCCAGCAAGCCGGCCGACGCGGCGCAGUACCUGCAGCAGCAGGCGAAGCUGCGCCUCAGCGCGCUGGCGGCCACGGGCACGCACCUGCCCCAGAUGUCCACCUACAAUCUCGGCGUGUCGCAGCCGUCCAGCUUCAAGCACCCCUUCGCCAUCGAGAACAUAAUCGCCCGAGAAUACAAGAUGCCCGGCGGGCUCGCCUUCUCCACCAUGCAGCCCGUGCCGGCCGCCUACCCGCUCCCCAACCAGCUCACCACAGUGGGCAGCUCCAUCGGCACGGGCUGGCCCCACGUGUACGGCUCCGGCGUGAUCGACACGGCCACCCCCAUCUCCAUGGCCGGCGGCGAGUACGGCGCCUACGGCGUGCCCAUCAAGCCGCUGUGCCACGGCGGGCAAACUUUGCCGGCCAUCCCCGUGCCCAUCAAGCCGACCCCCGCCGCCGUGCCGGCCCUCCCCGCGCUGCCCGCGCCCAUCCCCACCAUCCUCUCGAACUCGCCGCCCUCUCUCAGCCCCACGUCCUCGCAGACGGCCACCAGCCAGAGCAGCCCGGCCACCCCCAGCGAGACUCUGACGAGCCCGGCGCCCGCGCUGCACUCGGUGGCGGUGCACUGACCCCGCGGUCCCUCCGCAACC